UUGUCCUGUGCUCGCAUUUGUUGUCAUCUUCAUCUCGAUUGAAGUAGAUUUGAAAAAAAAAAUUAUUGAAACCACAGCAGUAAUACAUUAGUAUUUAUGUCAUGAUUGCUUGCAUUUUGAUAAAAAAAAUAAAAAUAAAAAUUCACAUACAUAUUGACAUUAGAUCUACUAUGAGGAAAUUGUUAAAAUAGAUCAUAAUUUGAGAUAUGUGGGCUUUCUUGUUACAUCCCAAAUUCUAAUAGUAAUUACUUUAAAAGUAAAAAGUUCAUUUAAAAUCAGCCUUGUAGCUGUAGAUCUGUAAAACCAUUCUUAACACUUAAAAGGUUGUGAGCAGUUAUUUUUCAAUUUUGUCAAAUCUCAGAAAUUUUGGGUGAGAAAGUUAGUAGGUCAAAGAACUGAAGAAGUCCUCAAUGAUGAAGCAAAGACCUAGGAUUGCAUAAACUGAUAACAAUAAUGUCAAAAGGUAGCUGUUGUGACUGAGAACAGGGAUAAUGAAAGGGUGAAAUCUUGUCCGCAAUUGGUAGCUCAGUCUUGUUUAGUAAAGGCGACUGGUAUAUGGAUAAUUUACACCAGCAAACUGCAUGCUCUGCCGGUGCAGAAGCAGUUCUAAGCCUUCAACCCAGCUCUUCAAUUUCUCUCACGUAUCAUUCUCUAUUUGGCCCCCACAAUGACCUUAUGCUUCUUGAACUCGACGACAAGCUCCUCCCUGACAUCCUCCAUCAAAGAGUAACACUAAGAGGACAGCCUGAUGAGGAUGCAGUUCUUUGUACUUCGUCAAAGACAUAUGCUGUUAAAUUUGUGGGUACAUCAAAUUCCAUGCUUCUCAUACCUUCCUCAGAAGAUGUCUCCAGAUCCCAUAAUAACAAAGAUGAUGGCAGCAUGGCAGUUGCAUCUGUCCUCAAAGUUGCUCCUGGUUGCAUGGAACUUGUUGAGGUAGCACCAAAAUUAGAUGAACUAAAAUUGCUCCUCUCUCAAAAACCUUAUAGUUUUGGUGAAGCCUCAGAGAUGGACACAUCAGAGGAGAGGGAGGAGACAGGGUUGGGUCUAUACAGGUGGGAGGAUCUAGUCGAAAGGAUUCAAGCAAGUGACGAGGAAUUAAAGAUGGGUCUGCAAUCCAUUUCAGCAGUAGAAAUUGAUGGAUAUUGGCGGAUUUUGGAUGAGAGUUAUAUGCACGCAAUCCUAAGCAUGCUUUUGCACAAUGUGAUAUUGAACAAUUGGUCUAUCAAUGCACUUGAUGAGGAUGAAGUUCUGGGCAUGCUGGAAGCAGAUGGAUUUCCUAGAAAUGUUGCAAAGCAUUGCUUGCAAGCAUAUGGAAGUAAGAUUGAUGAUGAGGGUGUUUGUGUAAGUCAUCUGUGGAAAUUGGACGAGAGGCGUGUUUGCGUGUGCCUAGCAAGAGAAAUCCUGAAAGGAGGGAAGAUGAAACUUGAAAUCUUUAUGGAGAAGUGGAUGCGGAAGCUUCCUGAUGGGAUGUGUGCUAGUUUUGAGAUGUUGGAAGGUGAAAUUCUAACAGAAAAGCUAGGAAUUGAAACUUGGUUGUAUCCUUUCAGUGUGUCUUCUCUCCCUUCGACUCCCGCAGAGCGGUUUGCCAUACUAUUUCAGCAGCGGCUCAAGUGGGAGUGGAAGGAUCUGCAGCCAUAUGUUCGGGAUCUAAAAGUGCCAGGCCUUACUUCAGAGGCUUUACUCCUCAAAUAUACUAGAAGAAGUCAGCCAACUGCCGAGGCAGAGCCUGUCUUCAGUGCUAGAUAAUACACCUUUUUUACGGCGUUUCAGUGCUUACGUUUUCAGGUCGAAAGUGGAGUCCAGGAUUAAAAUUUGAGCAAGGGAACACUCUUUUGCACUUGGUAUGCUCUAACUCAGCCAUAUAAUUUAGUAGAUUAUAUGGUGAAAUAAAGACUAUUUACGUGGGUUUGAUCCAAGUGAAAUAUGGAAAGUUGGUUAGAAACUUAAGAGGUGAUGAAGCAGUGAACAUUUUGCCAUUUCUUUCAACUAAAAAUGAGGCCGACACACUGAUUUACUCAACUCAACUGUUUGUUGAAAAAUCAUGUAUUGCCAGCAGUAUCUUAAAACAGUGUCCCACAAAUGCAUAACUCCUACUUUUGUAUUCACUUGUUGUCUGCCAUGAGCUGUGGGCCAGUCAACUAGAUGUCUAAAUCAACAUUCACAUCUAUUAAUUCCUACAUUUUACUUUUCCA